AAGUAUGGGUUGUCUUGUUCGUUUGGCAUGAUAAGUCAUGGUAGAAAAUAUUGUCGCCUGAUUUGUUAUAAGAGAAAAAUACUGUUAAAUAGUGGACAAAUUUGACUGAUAAGCUCAAACUAAUAAGUCCAGUACUCAGUAUGCCUAUAAAUAGUCCUAGUACGAAGCUAACAGGUUGAGUAAAAAUGAAAACACUUAGCUAAGUAACAACUAAUUAUUGUAUCUAAAGAUGGCCGUAGUCUAACGAAUAAAUAGUCCUAGUGCUCUGUAUGCCUAUCCACACACCCAUAGCUAGCCAGGGAUUGCAUUGCGUUAUUUCGUAUAUAAUCUCCGCUGCGUUAUUGUCACGCAAGUAGUUGCCUCGGUCGAGCCACAACACAAACACAGACACCACACUAGUCUCCGUCUCUCAUCGACCAUGGCAUUCCCCGGGUCUCCGGCGAGGAAGCUCCUACCAGGCGGCUUCACCGCCGUCGCCGGCGGGUCUCUCAGCUUCGACCUCGACGGCGCCGGCGACUUCUUCUCGGGCCUGUGGCAGCUCGUCAAGGCGAAGGCCGCCGAGGUCGUGGCCUACCUCGCCACCCUGUUCGCGGCGCUGGCGGAGAAGGCGGACGAGGUGUUCCCGCCGGAGACCCGGUCGGAGACGCUCCGGCAGUGGGUGCACGUGGCCGUCACCGUGGUGGUCCCGGCCGUGCUGGGCGCCCUCGUGCUCCGCUGCGUCGCCCGCUGCUGCUGGCGCUGCUGCUGCGCCGGCGGCGGCAGGGCCGCGCGCGGUGGCCGCUUUAUGGCUGCGCCGGGCCGCGGCGGCGCGCGCAUGCCGCGGGGCGUGUUCGAGAACAACCCCCGGGAUUACUUCCGUGACCUCCGCGCCGGGAAGCCCCUCGUGUACUAGCGUACGUGCAUUCGUGGAUACGCCUGUGUGUACGUAUUGUACGGCUGUACGAGUACGUACGAGAUCGAGUGUGUGAUGUUAUUAUGCAUGGAGCAUGGUUCUUUUUUUAUCUCUAAUAUAAUUAAAAUCUUCUCUAGGCAAA